AUGGAGGACAACUGCGUCUUAUAUUUGCUACCAUAGACUUCUCUCGCUGUUGAAAAUUAGUUUCCCAGAUAAAAUGAAUUAAGUGACUCAUUAAGCAGUUAAGGAACUAAUAAUUAGGGGGAAUAGUCAUGUACUUUAAACGUAAAUUGUCUUCUUACUAUGAAUAGGAAACGAGCAAGAAGUCUUAAGUCACUAAAAAGAAAAUCAGCAAGGAGCAGCCUUAGGAUGUAAAAAAAAAUCAAGGACAUUGGUCGACUCAUGAACACCAAAUUUAUGUUGAGUUCCUCAAACAACAUCAAAACACAACUAUGCAAAAUCAAUAAAAUAGAAAAAAUAACAAAAUCUUCAAACUCAUGUCAAUGACCAUUGGGACCAGAUCCCCGUCACAAUGCAGGUACAAAGUAUUUAUAUAUCAAGAUCCCACCACUAAAAAUUCAAUCCAUUCACAUUGGCUGGCCAAAAGAGAAACAAGAAGAACAAGAAGAGAAUCAGUAAUUUUCAUGAAUAAUAAAUUUAGAUGCUGAAAACAUAACAUAUGCCAACGAAGUCUAAUAGUACUACACACCAGAAAUCAAAUCUCAAAUAAGUAUCAAUAAAUUAUGAAAAACAGACCCCUGUCACUUCGAGUACUUGUCCAACUAUGAAGGCUCCCGUCCUUAGUUAUAAAACUUUUGUUGUAGCUCUAAUGAUGAUAGCGAUAACUGCUAUCGAAAUGAUUACUAGUACCUGGAAGAGCUAAUUAAUUGAAGUAGAU